UUUUCUCUUCCCGUUAAAUAAGAAUUGUAAAUAAAUCGUAACCGCGUAACCUUUAACUUAUAAAAUGUUCAAGAGAAAAUUAAAAGCACUGGAUUAUAUAGAUUGGGAUAAGGUAAACGCUAAUGACCCCCAACACUUUCGCAAACUGGUCGUCUGGCUCGAAGACCAAAAGAUACGUCACUACAAAAUUGAGGAUCGAAAGGAUCUCAGAGACAUGAAUUCGACUAGUUGGCCCGCAACGUUCAAGAGAUAUUGCGAGGACGUCGCUUGUCCGAUAACUACCCAGCCAGUGGAUCAGCUCGAAUGGUUGAUCGGGUUCGCGGUCAAGCUGGAGUUUGAGGAUAACUAUAAAAAGUAUCAACCGAUAACAGGCAAGAGUUUGAAAGAUAUGAACAAACCGGCAGCACCCAACAUAAAAUCGUCAAACCCGUUAGACAAUCUGGACUUUCACAGUGCAGAGUUUAAGAACGGAAUCGAAGAAUUGCGAAAGUUACUUCGAGUUCCUCGACAUUCGGAUCACCUUGUAACUCUGCAAGCGUGCAGUCAGAUAGUUUGCAAGAGACUGAACGCCGAUGUUUUAUUGAAUCCGAAAUCGAUAGUGGUAAAGGGAAAAGAGUUUCCGAUAUUGGAAGCGGAGUUGGGUUUCAAUAUGGGAGAUCCAGUUCUGAAUAAUGCGGCAAAAAUCUUGAGAUUACUGUACAUUCAGGAUCUAAGGGACCUUCAAACACGAAUAAAUGAAACAAUUGUUGGUGUUCAAAAUAUCACUGCAAAUCCGAAGACUGAUACGAAACUUGGGAAAGUUGGAAGAUAAACAGCUAGUCAUUACAACUCCCAUGGCGCAUUUACACACACAUAUGGGAUGUUAAAAAUUUUGCUGACGUUCAUUGGUCAAAUAUUGUUUGAUAACCGAUAUUGAUAUUAAUUUCUAAUGAUGAUCCAGUGCUCCGAUUUAUACAUACGAAUUGAUUCGUCAUAUGUUAUUCAUGUUUCAAUAAUGGAAUUUAACGAUAGGUGAAAACUAAUAAAUUAUUAUAACAAUCGCAUUACAUUGGUUGAAUUUUUUUUCUUCCCUCUAUAGUAUCCACUUUAAAUGAAUUCAGAUGCAAGGAAUUCUUUGAAACCCAAGUUCAAAUGGCGGGGAAUGUAAGCCGGUUUUCAUCAUAUAUUUAUAAUAAAUAUUUAUUACACGGAUAAGAGUAGAGGAAAAUUUACGAGUAAAGAACUUUUUCCUCGUUUUAUAACGUCGUUUCUUCUUUGUUGUUUUACAAUAAAGCUCAUAGUAACUAUUUAUCAUUACGAAUGUACAGAGGCAGUUUGGAACGUGAUUUUUCUUAACAUACGUGUAGAAUAUUUUUAGAU